AUGAUCGAGGCGAACGAGCACCUCUGGGUCUUGCAGCUCGGCGACAAUCGCCUCGGGGCCGGCGGGAUCGGCAUCCUCGCUAAGGCCCUCACGCGGAAUAUCGCGCUCGUGGAGGUGGACUUCUCCGAUAACGAGCUCAACGUCGAUUCGCUCUCCGAGGCCGAGGAGGAGCAGCUCCAGCAGGAGAUCGAGGACCCGGUCUUCGGGCCUUUUUAUCAAGGCCUCGAAGCCAUUAGCGAGGUGAUUAAAAAGAAUAAAUUCUUGCGCAUUUUGCGGCUUUGUCGGAAUGGGAUUCAUGCCGGGGAGAAACUCUCUCUCGAGGCACCCGACGACGAGGACGACGACGCCGAGAACCUCACCGCCGUUAACGGGGGUGGGGGAGCCUUGAAUAAUAAUACGAAUCAUCAGCAUCCAACCCGUAAUAGUAACACUAAUAAUAUAAAUGGGAUUACGGAUCCCACCACCUCCACAAACCUGACAACGCCGGAUUUUCGAAUUAAGCUGCCAGAGGGGACUUCUUACGGGGAUUUGACGGAGCCCUGGCAGGAUCUCCCGCUCUGGCGCCUGGUGGAGCCUUUUCGCCGGUUUCAUAAACUCCAGGUUUUGGAUUUGGCGGGAAAUCAACUGCGGGAUAGUGGGGCCCGGAUGCUCGCCCUCGCCCUCGCGCAAAACCACUCUCUGCAGGUGCUCGACCUCACCGACAACGAGAUCGGUUAUAAUGGUCUGCGUUAUUUAGCCUCUUGGGCCCUUUCCUCGCCAGAGAGCGUCCUGCAUACGUUAAUUCUCCGACGGAACGCCCUCUCGGGGACAAAGGCGGAGAAAAUUAAGAGGCCUAAAGUUCCCAAACCGCAGGCCUUAGUCGCGAUGGGGGCCUUCGCACAGGCGAUGCGGGGGAAUCGCCGGAUUCGUCGGUUGGUUUUGUCCGAUAACCACCUCGGGCCGGCAUUGAGUGCGCGUUUGCUAGAGACAAUCGCCCACGCAGAGGCUUUGGUGGAGCUGGAUUUUGCAAACAAUGAUGCCUGCGGGAUGCUCUCCGACCCACCGGAUACCACAGCUGCCCAACACGUCGCCCCCACCCUCGCGCGAAGAGAAAGUCCUUCUUCGUCUUCUUCCUCAUCGUCGCCUUCGGGAUGUUCGCUCAUUAAAUUAAACUUUAGCGGGAAUAAUUUAGGCGCGGGGGGGUUGGAGGUGCUUUUGUCGCCGCCGCCUCGCGUAAAUCCUGAGGAAAAGAAAGAAAAUGACGAACCGCAUGAAGAGGAGGGGGAUCCUUCGUCGGUGGAGCUGCCGUUAUCGUGGUCGUUAAAAGAACUGGAUCUCUCGCGUAAUCGCCUCGGGGAUGCCCUCGGGCCCCUCGGCCGCCUUUUUGCCAUUCCACAUCCACAUCCAACGGGCGAAAACGAGGCCGCCCAUUCUAAUUCCAAUCUCUCCAAUCCCAUCACGACGUUCGCGAACUCGCUGAUCGCCUUAAAUAUCGCGCAUAACGAAAUUACCUCUCUACGGGAGCUCACGCCGGGGCUUUGCGCGGGAAUGGCAAAUCAUUCCGCGCAGUCGCCCUUUUCCCUCAGCUUGCUCGACCUUUCGCAUAAUCGCCUGGGCUGCGAUGAGGGCUGUCUGGGGUUGGAGGUACCGCGAAGGCCGACGGGGCUUUAUUCACCUUCCACAUCGCCGUCCCGAACUACGCCUUCCCCUCCGCCACCGCAGGCGAACCCUUCCACAGAAGGGAAUGCGCAUCGCCCCUCCACCAAUUUGAUCCAUCGCAGUUCAAAUAUGGAGAAUUUUCAUCCGCAUCGGAUGUCUACAGGGGACGAGAUCGUGCGAAAAGCGCAAGAAUGCCAUCUCGCGAGCUUUAUUGAGGCUUGCGUGGCCUUGGCUUUCCUGCCUUCCCUCACUAGCCUCGACCUCAGCUGGAAUCAUCUCCGCCGCGUCCACGGCGAGGGGAUUUAUCGCCUGAUAACUUUUUCAUCCUCCGGUUCGCCCGUGUCGGGGUCUUUUCCGGAUUUUUCAAGGCCUUCGCCGAAUUUUUCGGGGUCUUUGCCGGACUUUUUCUCCGCCUCCUCGCCGGUGGAGGCGUUGGUGAACGCGACCUUCGCGUCGAUGUCCCCGCGGGCGGAUCAUCGGCCCUUCGAAAGGCUGCAAAAAAUUGACCUCAGCGGGAAUACCCUCGCGGGGCCUAAACUUAUGCAAAAGAUGGUUAAAUCCCUCGCGCGGUUUCCCCAAAUGGCGAUGAUUUAUCUCUCCCCCAGCGAGCCGGUGAGGGCAUCGGAGGAGGUUUUGGCCUCCCUGAGCGUUAUCCACGACGCGGCCCACGCGAACGGAGCCCUCCAAGACGUCCGAUGUGGACUUUACGGGGUGGGUACCCUUCCCGCGCCCGACGCCGUCCUGGACGAGAAGAGCGCGGAAGGGGAAACCCCAGACGAAACAAACGCGGCUAUCGCGGCGAUUCGAGAGCGGUUUUUACUUAACGCACUUCUCCACACCGAGACGAGAGAAGGCGCCCAAAAGUAA